CCCUUCCGCUUUUCCUCACUGCUUUCCAACGACCUGCCAAUCUACCAGCCUGUUAAUUAUUAUUUUUGCUUCUUCUCUGUGUCUCUCCUUGGGAGGCCGGCUUCUCUCGUUCCUUGGCUGCCCGGGAGGAGUCACCCUUCUCCUCUUUUCCUGCCUCAGCGCCUCCAGGAGUCCAGACAACAUGCAGGCUAUCAAAUGUGUGGUGGUGGGAGAUGGAGCUGUGGGUAAAACCUGUCUUCUCAUCAGCUAUACCACCAAUGCCUUUCCUGGAGAAUAUAUUCCCACGGUAUUUGAUAACUAUUCAGCCAACGUGAUGGUUGACAGCAAGCCAGUGAACCUGGGGCUAUGGGAUACAGCUGGACAGGAAGACUAUGACCGUCUUCGGCCUCUUUCCUAUCCCCAAACAGAUGUUUUCCUGAUUUGCUUCUCCCUUGUGAGCCCAGCCUCAUAUGAAAAUGUUCGUGCAAAGUGGUACCCUGAGGUUCGGCAUCAUUGCCCCAGCACCCCCAUCAUCCUGGUGGGCACCAAAUUGGAUCUUCGUGAUGACAAGGACACCAUUGAGAAGCUGAAGGAGAAGAAGCUAACACCCAUCACAUAUCCACAAGGCCUCGCCCUCGCCAAGGAAAUAGACUCUGUGAAGUACCUGGAAUGUUCUGCCCUUACUCAGCGUGGACUAAAAACUGUUUUUGAUGAGGCCAUCCGGGCCGUCCUUUGCCCCCAACCCACUCGACAGCAGAAACGCCCCUGUAGCUUACUCUAGAGGUAUGCCCUCGGGGCCCAUUUGUUCCCCAGUGCUGUGUCCCUCUCCUCCCCAGUUCUCUGAUUUCAAGGCCUGGGAGCUUUUCAGCCAGUCAGCCAGCCUUCUCCCCUUGGCGUUCCUUAAUAGAUGGAUGGAGUUCUUGGUCACUAAUCUGCCUGCCAAAGACAUUUCCAGGACAAGAUCGUGUGAGCGCAUGCAAAGUUGUUUCCCGCUCUCUGCUUGGGCCCCCUACCAGAGCCAGGUGCUUCUGGGGGAGAUGACCAAUAAAACAGACCUCUUUUGCUGCAGUGGAAACUCUUGUGUGGGGCCUCCCAGGGUCUCAGCAGGGGGCCCUGAGAACCCCUCUGGGGGUACUGCCACACCCCCUCGAAGUCAUUCCUUCCCGUCUUUCCUCUUCUGGAGCUCAGUUGUCCCCGUCGCGGUCAUCACAUCAUUCUUUCUGACACGGAAUGUUGCUUAAUAAUAAUCAUUGUUUACAGUGGGGUAGGAGUCUGUGCCACAUCCUCUAGCUUUUGUCAUCCUCACAAUAAACCUAGGACGGGAGGUGGAGGCCA